CUAAGUGUGACAUGUGGUGAACCUUAACUGCAAUCUUAGGGGAGGAAAACAUUUGGGAAAAAUCUUACGGAACUGAUUGAUUCUAAUGAGUAGAGUUCAGCCUGCUACGAUAUAUGCACAGAAUACUCUGGAAUUGAAGGGUUGGUCCUGUCCCUUUACAUAUUUCUGACCAUAAACUCGGUUCCUUUGUUGCCAUGGUAACCAACGGUCUUGGAACGCAAACUUCUCAGAAGCAGUUGGGAUUUAUAUCACUAAGAUGUGGACCCUGAAGGGUUUCUGACACCCCCACUUGUCUCGGGAGCUGGAAGCGCCUGUCUCAUGUGGGCAGCCCUCAUCAGGGAAUGACAGAGGCAUGGGCAUGUUUCCCUGAGUCAAGGAAGACAUGAGAUUGGAGGCUCAGCACCAUGACAACUUCACCCUCUAGCAGUGACUACAGUAGCACAGAGGACUCUGCUUCCGAAUGCCAAUCUUACCAGAGCCUCUCGAUUGGCCACUACCCCCCUGAGAACACGUUUUCCUAUGAGGAGAUGUUCUCCUGUGAGGAGGCAGCCUCCAUGGAUUCUUCCAUCCACUUCCUUCCUCCUAUCCAAGGUACCUGGGGGACAGAGAGUGUAAGGAGACUCUUCCGGAAACGAGAUCAGAUGGAGGGUGACCCAGAGCAGUUCUGCAAGCUAAGCAUCACCCUGGCCUGGGAUACUGAUGUGAGGUCUGACCAUGCAGACUCUCUAGCUAAUAUGGAUCUAAAUGGCCACCACCUGUGGAUGGAUAAGUGGCCAGAAGAUAGGACAAAACUAACUCUCUGCAAACUGGAUAACCUAGUACAGAAACUCGAGACAUUUCUAGAAAAAGAAAAAGGUAGCCAACAUGAUGGUCAUGCACUCCCUGAAUCUACUCAGAACAAAGACGUCCACCUGACCCGUACUCCCCCUCCACUCCUUGACAUUUGUCAAGACUUGCCCAAGCACAAAACACCAGGAAAUGAAGAUAUCUGUCAGAUCUUAGAGAAUCCUCCAAGGCUACAGAAAGAUGAAGUUGUGGAGAUAAGCCAGAUAGCUCAAAGCUCCAUGGAGACCUCCCCGGUGCCAUCCGCUCAGCAGGAGGAUGCUUCUCACUCAUAUAGUGUAUUCUGUCUGAACUUUCGGUGGAUCUUCCACUGGCUGAGGACACAAGUCUUCUCCCGAUUAAGGAGAGAACACCCUAGCCAGGCCACCACCAGCUGGCACCAGAAGGCAGCAAGAAAGAUACAUUCUCUUAGAGGCAACAGAAUCCAACCCCAAGAAUGACUCAGGAAUGAGUUCGCCUGACAUUCCCAGACUUUUAAACUUUUUGAAGCCCCUUGUUUGACAGUCCCUAAGAGGUGGUGUGUGUUGUUCUCUCCUCUGCCUCACAAAUGAGGAAAUCAAGACUAGGAACACAUAGGUGGAGUUUCCAAUCUUCACAUUCCUUCUGAACCAGCCACUUACAACCAGCAUGCUGGGACACCUGAGAACAAGUAUGCCUGAAGCAGUCUGGUACCACGGAUCAUCAGAACUGCUGUCUCCAUGUUGGAACCAUGAUCACCAGUGGUAGCUCCAAACCUGCUCAAUACCUGCUGGAAGCACAGCCCAAACCAUCCUGCCAUGGUGGGAGGCUAGUGGGAUAUAUACUGCCUUCUGGAAAUGAGGGUAUGAGUUAAUGAAGAAUGAGUAAAACACACAUAAAAUAGACACAAUGGAGCAAAAGACAGCAAAAAGAAGCGGGGAGGGAUACUAUUUAGGAAGCAAAAUACUACCUAAGUUUUCUAAGAAUGAGUUCAGCCUUCUGAAUUCAACAAGUAUAUUUUCAGCUCAAGUCAAAGUAAUUUGCUGGGAUAAGACACAGAUAACAGAGAUCUGUGAUUAUUAAGGGGAAAAAACAAAACAAAACAAAACAAAACAAACAACCGGGGAUUACUGGGCAGGAGCUACCAUUUUCACCAGGUCUAUGCCUCACCUAUACAGAAGAACAAGACCACUUCUUUAGUAAGAUUUCUGGUUUCCUUGUACUCCUUCUAACCUCUGGAAUUAUGUAGCAUGUCAUAUACCAGAAAUAAGACAAUGAAUUCAGCAAUAGGAAA